UUGUUUCUCUUGGCUGUGUCCGUCAUAGAACAUUUCGCGUUACGAUAAAAGCGUUGAGUGAUAAAAAACUAAUUAAGCUGUGUUGAUUUUGGAAGUGUUGAUCUUGGCCAUCACGGAUUUUUUGCGAAACGCAGAUAUAGAGCCACAAUUUCUUAAGUCAUGACUGACGUAAAAGGUGCAAUGCAAUCAGAAAUUGAUUCUUCGGAGGACUCAGAACCAACUGUUCACAAAGAGGAUGACCUGGUAAAAACUGACGUAUUGUAUGAUCUAAACUUUGAAAACGAUACUGCGGACGCGGACAUAUCGUACGAAGAAGUAAAUUAUGAGAACCUCGGUUUGGUUCAGCUUCUGCAGUCAUUUAAUGUGUCAACAGAAGCGGUUAAUAAAUUUCCCGAGAACGGAUAUGAUUUGUAAACUCUCAAAAUAAUUGAAAGACAAGAAAUUGAAGAACUUCUACAUGAGCCAUUUCUUUGUGAAAGAACAAAAAUUAUUCAUGGAUUAAACUGUUGGAGAAAAUCACAGAAUUUAUCACUCGUGUCUACUCCACUGAAGUCCCUAUCUGUCCUUAAUCAGUAUAAAAACCAACGAGAAAACAUUAAACGAGACGACUUUUCGGCACAAUGCCUUAUUUGUAACUCAGCUAGAGGAAAACAAGUGCUGGAUAACUACAGCGUUUCCCAUAUUUUGACAAAAUCACAGAAGAAAAUGAUAACACACAUUGUGGUUGAUGAAUUUAAGGAUGUUUUUGGUAAACUCACCCAUAAUGAGCUUUUAAGUCGAGCGUCAGAGUUGAAUGAGUUAUUUCCAUCUGAAUCAAAGGAUUCUUGGUACCAGCCAACUUUCUCAAUCUUCGCUGGGAAAAAAACCAGAAUAGGUCGAUUGCCGAGAGGAUGCCUCUAUGACAGAAACUCAAAUUACACUAUUCCCAGACCAACACACCAGAAAUCGAACGAUAGUGAAAAUGCUACGUCGUCGAAUCCGUUCUCAGAUGCCGAUUGGAUUGAAUACCAACAAUCGAAGACGUGGAUUAGACAUAAUGAAGAUGAAUGGUCCGGUGUGAUGCGGAAAUGGGAGUCAACUAGUCAGCUACGUAUUUACGAAAUAUCUAAACUUGAGAAACGGUCUUGUAAAUUGAUAUUAGAGUUAUUUCCGACUCUUCGAAAAGCAGACGGAUAUCAACUAGCGUAAAUCGAUUUUAAAGCAAUGUUCCCAAUAAAACAGUCUGCACUAUUCGAAAAGUGGAAUGAUUUCAUCGUAAAAGUAAAGCCCAUUUUGUUGGCGAAUGUCACCGAUAAAUCUGGAAAAGUGAUCAUUAGGUUACUGGAAAGUGAUCUGACUGAAGACUGCCGGAAUGCUGCAUACUCGUUGCUGUUACUUUAUAUUCUACCAUGCUCUGUACUAACUCUUUCGGAUAAAUCAAAAUGGAAACCCAGCUGCAUUGAAAACCGUAAUAGCUUCGUAUUCUGGGUGAAGAACAUAACGGAUCUACAGUCAAAAGUUCAAACCUUUCAAAACUCACGUGCUCAGACUAGGGGUAUGAUUCACUGCCCAUUGGUGAUCAUCGUCGGACCGGAACUAACUUUGUUAAACUUUUUCAUUGUAUCGUUUGGAGACACAUACUACCAACUCCCCACCUUCCUGAAGGCUUUGGAUAUCUGCUACAAACUCUAUAAGGCAUACAAUCUGUCGUUUGCUCCGGAAUGUGCAGGAUCUUGGAAUUUACUUAAUUACAUUAUUUACGAAUUCCAACUUGAGCCCGCUUGUAGAGCGAAAAUACUUUCGAUCAGUAGUGUGAUCAAAGCCAAAUGUUAAAAAUGCUUCAUUGUCCAUUGUUCGGUUGUCGAUGGGAAGGUUUUUCCGAUGAGCAAUAUUUUCGCCAUGUCCAACGGAUGCACGAUCCUUUGAAUGGUUACAUGUGCAUUCAAAACUGCGGUCGUGUACUAACAUCGAUUACAAGUCUACGAAAGCAUGUGAUUUCGUGUAGAGAAAAAACUAUAUCAAACGAACAACCUACCGAGGAUCCAAUUAACUAUUUUGAACGAAAAUUAUCUGUAGCGUGUACCCAAGACAAAAUUGAAUGUGACAAUCAAACUGAUUCUGGAGAACAUGAACAAAUAGCCAUCGAAGUCGGUAAUCAGCUCUGUUAUGGUAUUGAUUCCAAGAAACUGGGUAUUGUAGAUGUACAAAGAGUGCCUUUGAGAAUGACGUUAAAAUGGUUGAGUGAAAAUGGAAUGGCAAGGAAAGUAGCAUUUGAUAUAAAUAAAGACAUUAAACAGCAUGUUAUCGAGCCGCUAAGUGCCGUAGUUAAUGACUUACAAAUGGCUGGAUCUAUGACGCUUGAGUGUAAGAAUCUACUUGACUCGAUGCUCUAUAGCUAUACGUUAACGUCGGAGGAUAAAUUUAUUCAGCAGCUGAAAAAGAACGGAUUGUAUGAAGAUCCGAUUUUUUCACCAUAAAUGAACAGCCACUUA